AUGGGUGAGAAGAACUUUACUAUGUCCCCUACGAGUGCGAGUGGCAACUUCAUCGAGCCAGCUUAUAUGCGCUGGACACUUCGCUUGAUAUUUAUCGUUGUGUUCAUUGUAGGAAUCAUCGGUAACUCUGUGGUUUGUGUGGCUGUGAUCCGCCGUAAGCGGAUGCGGACGAGCAAUAACAUUUUCACUUUCAAUCUGGCUCUUUGCGACUUACUAAACGUAGUGAUCUUUUUACCGACGCAAAUGGCUGCGUUUGAAAACAACCAUAACUGGGCUACAGGAAAUUUCAUGUGUCAUUUCACCUACAUUCUGGUUCCUCUCUGCUUAUCAGCCUCAAUCGGGACACUCCUCGCCAUAACAAGCGAUCGAUACAGAGCAAUUGCUUAUCCUAUGAAACCCCGAUUAAGCGGUAGAAAAGUCAAAAUCAUCCUGGCUGUAAUUUGGAUCACCUCUUUUGUGAUCUGUUCUCCACUUCUAUAUGUGGCUGGGAUAGUAAGACCUGAGCCUGGUAAAGUUUAUUGCGAUGAGAAAUGGCCAAAUCCUCUUUAUUCUGAGCUCUAUUGGAAUUUCAUUUUUGUGAUUCAAUACAUCUUACCUCUGGCCAUUAUUGUAGUGUUAGCAGUGCUAAUCGCGGUUAAGAUUCGUAAGAACAACACAAUGAAAAUGCUUCCUAAAAGCUCUCAGGUAAUAGCAGCUGCAGUCAGGCAGAGAAUGAAACAGACUUCAAAAAUUACCAACAUGCUAGUCGCUCUGGUGAUACUCUACGCAAUCUGUAUGCUUCCUCAACAUGUUGUGUUCUUGUGGUCUAAAUACGGUGACUUAUUCAACUCCAAGUACUUUGUUUACGUUCUGCGAUUUGCAAACGUUUUCCCAAUGGCAAAUAGCGCACUCAAUCCUAUCGCUUACGGAACGCUGAAUAAAGAGUUUAAGAAAGUCUUUAAAAGCUUCUUUCGCUGUGAGUGCGGGAAAAAGACGAAUGCGGAUGUUUAUAAAACAAAUCCUAAGGCAAUGAACGAAAUCCGUGGUGGUAAGUUCAGAUUAGCAGUGUAUAAACACGCCAAUGGCGAUGGAAAGGCUGGUGGCGAUGUGGAGAGUGGGAGCCGACUAACUCCUGCUUCCACUACCUCUUCGGCGACAAAUAAAAAACUUCAAAGGAGAAGUGAAGAUGGUGGAAGAGAAUUUAAAAGGACACCCAUUUCUAAUGGUUAUACCACAACUUUGUCCAUAUGUGAUCAAAAUUCGAAUGAAAACGAAGACGAAAGACAAAGUCUUUUACAAAGAGAAACAAAAGAGGACUGUUCAAACAUGUCACGCUCACGACCACCCCCAACUUACAUGAACCAGAAAGAAGAAGAAGAGCAAUUGUUGAUAGAUAGCGGGAGGGGAUCUGAAUUUGUCAGAAAUGAACAUGUGUUUCCCAACGAUUCUGAAGACAUGAACAUGCAAACAGACAAUAAAAUUGCUGCAGAGGCCAAUAUAAGUCGUCCUGAUGCUAAUGUGUGUGCGGGUUGCGCGUUCGACCCGAAGAAACUACAUCCAAAGGAAAACUUAGAGACUCAGUCGUUGACACUUAAUGACGUCGAAAAUGACUCAUUUAUGGACUGCUGGGUUGAAGUGAACAAAAUAGACCAAAAGCUUCUCGCCUAUAUAAGCUCUUUACAAGAAACUGAUCUUUAG